AUGGCAAAGGCAACAAAAGGAGCGUGCACUAACAUAAAAACAUAUUCUUCUCUUUUACCUCUUUUUUUCCCUUUCUCUUACAUUUUAUGUUUCUCUCGACUUUCUCCUUUAAAAGACUUUCUUUCUAAUUACAUCAUUUGGCGUAUUUUUAGAUUUCUUAUAUUUCGUUGUAAAGAUAACAUUAUUAUUAUUAUUAUUAUUAUUAUUAUUAUUAUUAUUGUAUCCUGUUUGAAUUUCAUUUUCUUUUUUCUUUGUUCCCGAAUUUUUCUUUUUUUAUUCGUUUUUGUUUGUUUCUUUAUUUUACACAUUCCUUUGUCUUUUUUAUUUUUCUUUCUUUCGUUCAUUAUUGAUUUAUUUCCUUCUUUCUUUUUCUUCAUUUUUAUUCUUUCUCUCUCAUCUUUAUUCAUAUUUCUUCGUUCUUUCUUUUUUCUUCUUCUUUCUUUAUUUAUUGAUUUCUUUCUUUUUUUCUUUGGUUCUAUUUUUGUUUAUGUUCUUCUUCCUUGUCCUUUCUUUCUUAAUUCCUUCCCUGAUCUCCUUCAUAAUUCCUCUUUUCUUAUUUGCUUUCUCUCUUUCUUGAUAUAUUGUUCUGUUUUCCUUUUUUCUUUCUCGCAUUGUUUAUUGCUUACUUUGUUUCUUGAUUUCUUUCUUUCGCCGUUUAUUUUUUAUUCUUUAUUUCAUUUUAUGAUUUUCUUCUUCGAACUGCCAUUUUAUUUAUUUAUUUAUUUUUUUGGUUUAUCUUUUUUUUUUUGUUUAUUACGUUCUUUUUUUUUCUUUCUAUUUUUUCUUCUUCGAUAUGCCAUCUUGUUUUUGGCUAAUCUUUUGAUUUUGUUUCUUUCUUUCUAUCUGUCUUUCUUCUUUCUUUCUUUUUUUUUCUAUCUUCUUCAACAUGACAUUUUACUUUCUUCUUAUUUUCCCUCCAUUUUGUUUUCUCCAAAUAAACACCGUCUGAUUCUGUCUGAUUCCGUUAUCUUUUAUUUAAACUCCUUUAAUUCCACAGUUUUCUUUCACUUUUGUCACAUCUAUCUAUCUAUCUAUCUAUCUAUCUAUCUAUCUAUCUAUCUAUCUAUCUAUCUGUGCUCAGUAUCUAUCUACCUAUCUAUCUAUCUAUCUAUCUAUCUAUCUAUCUAUCUAUCUAUCUGUGCUCAUUCUUUUGGUGCUCGAAACUCGUUAACUUAUAAUUUUUCCCACAUUUUCAUUCAUUCAAUCUAUCUAUCUAUCUAUCUAUCUAUCUAUCUAUCUAUCUAUCUAUAUAUAUAUAUAUAUAUAUCCUAUUCAUAUCUAUCUAUCCUGUUCUUAUCUAUCUAUCUAUAUAUCUAUCUAUCCUUGCCUAUUCGUAUCUAUCUAUCCUUGCCUAUCUCUAUCUAUCUAUCUAUCUAUCUAUCUAUCUAUCUAUCUCUAUCUAUCUAUCUAUCUAUCUAUCUAUCUAUCUAUCUAUCUAUCUAUCUAUCCUUGCCUGUUCAUUAUCUAUCUAUCUAUCUAUCUAUCUAUCUAUCUAUCCUUGCCUGUUCAUAUCUAUCUAUCUAUCUAUCUAUCUAUCUAUCUAUCUAUCUAUCCUUGCCUGUUCAUAUCUAUCUAUCUAUCUAUCUAUCUAUCUAUCUAUCUAUCUAUCUAUCUAUCUUUGCCUGUUCAUCUAUCUAUCUAUCUAUCUAUCUAUCUAUCUAUCUAUCUAUCUAUCCUUGCCUGUUCAUAUCUAUCUAUCUAUCUAUCUAUCUAUCUAUCAUCUAUCUAUCAUAUCUAUCUUCUAUCUAUCUAUCUCUAUAUCUAUCUAUCUAUCUAUCUAUCUAUCUAUCUAUCUAUCUAUCUAUCUAUCUAUCUAUCUAUCAGUUGCCUAUGACUCAUGCAUUCACUGAUUCUUUCCCUCCACCCCCACAAUAUACGGAAGCCUACCCGCGGAUUCCUUUUCGUCUUUCGUGUAAAACGGAAUGGCGGCUUACUUUUUGUCUCUCGUGUAAAACGGACCUGCGUUUUUCUUUUCGUUUGUGCGUCGGCUUCCUUUUCGUCUCUCAUGUAAAACGGACCUGCGUCAUCCUUUUCGUCUCUCGUGUAAAACGGACCCGCGGCUUCCUUUUCGUCUCUCGUGUAAAACGAACACGUUUCUCUCUUUUUGUCUCUCGUGCAAAACGUUCCUACAUCUGCGUUUUUGUCUCUUGCGUAGUGAAUAUCUACUCUUUUAGUAUCUUUUAUUCUAACCACUCUAUCUAUCUAUCUAUCUAUCUAUCUAUCUAUCUAUUUGCAAAAGUUUUUAUCUAUCUCCAUCUAUUAGUAUCUGUCUCUUUGAAACUGUUUUUCUUUCUUUCUUUCUUUCUUUCUUUCUUUCUUUCUUCUAUCUAUUUAUUAACAAAAGUUUCUAUCUAUUUAAUAUCUAUAUGUCUUUUUGGAACUGUUACUCUCUUUUCCUUUCUUUCUUUCUUUCUAUCUAUGUUGAUUCGUUCAUAUCUAUCUAUCUAUCUAUCUAUCUAUCUAUCUAUCUAUCUAUCUACCACUUUUAGUCUGUUCAUUAUCUAUCUAUCUAUCUAUCUAUCUAUCUAUCUAUCUAUCUAUCUAUCUAUCACUUUUAGUCUGUUCAUUAUCUAUCUAUCUAUCUAUCUAUCUAUCUAUCUAUCUAUCUAUCUAUCUAUCUAUCUAUCUAUCUAUCACUUUGUCUGUUCAUAUCUAUCUAUCUAUCUAUCUAUCUAUCUAUCUAUCUAUCUAUGUUAA